AUGAAGGUUAUUGACAGGGGUGAAGGCAAGGUUUUGAAAUAACGUGGCCAGAUAUAAGGCAACUACUAGUUUAUUUCUCUAGUAGGCUAUUCACUCUGCGCUAGAUCAUCCUCCUCAGUUAGGGGCGUGGGCCGCCUGCAACUUUCAAGCCAAACUGCAGCUUUAAAAGUGGGAUGUCCCUGAUUGCUCUGGUAAGAAUGAGGAAAUACUGAGAAACAUCGGUCCGGGCGAGAGCAAGUCCCGAGAUAUCCAACACACGACUGACCGAGCUUCAGAAGUGAGCUUCCGACUGUGUGCAGAGUUCUCCAGUAGCGGACCACAUCCUCGCCCAGCAUCCGCGAGGCUGAUGGGGGAUUCAGGAAUAACGGGCGGUAUAACGCCGGGCAGCACGGAGGAUGCCAGCACGCCGCCGGAGGACUCGGGCAGCAGCCCGGAGUACGUGGCGUUCGGCCUGGUGCCCGUCUUCUUCCUGCUGGGGCUGCUGGGCGUGCUCAUCUGCCACGCGCUCAAGAAGAAGGGCUACCGCUGCACCACGGAGGCCGAGGACCGGCAGGCGGCCGAGGACGAGCUCGAGAAGGACCUGGAGAGAGCAGAUCUGAAUGACACCUACAGCGAGGGCAACACGGACACUGUGGGCCAGAUCGUCCACUACAUCAUGAAGAACGAAGCAAACACAGAUGCCUUGAAAGCCAUGAUCAAUGACAACAGCAUCGACUCUGAAGGCCCCGCCACCCCCACCUCCCCCAUGACCCCCACGACGCCAGGCACUCCCGUGUCACCGGGGUCACCAGGGUUUCCGGGGGCGCCCGCCGCCGCGGCGACGUUGACGACGACGACGACGACGAAGCACACGUGCAACCACCUGCACACCAUCGGCGGCGCGGUCACCCAGAAGAACAUCUGCAACCGCUGCAGCCAGAAGAAGUGGCCGCUCAUGCGCCGCAACUCCGCCAGGAAGCCCAUCGACCGCCGCAGCCACACCGGGGAGGUCACCGUGCUCGCCGUGGGACGGUUCCGGGUGACCAAGUGCGACCCCAAGACGGGUAAGGAGCGCCGCACCCUCCUGAUCACCGAGCCCAACGGCACCGUGUCCGCCGCCGCCGCUCCCGCUGAAGAGGCAGCAGCCCCAGAAGAGCGACGCCCCUCACAGCCACAAGAGGAGCGAGAUGCAAAGUGAGAGGUGUGUGACGUUGGAGGACCAACACCGACAGACUGAGGAGAGAGAGGCACAGCGCACCGACAGAGAGAGACUGAGAACAAACGUUUAUAAUACAUUUUAAUCCCAAAGUUAAAUCCAAGCUAUGACCAGCCAAUGAGACGACACAUCAGCGGUCGGGAAAAAAGACCCCUCACACACGCACACAAGCUCUCCCGUUGGUGGACAGCUGUGUCAGUUAGGGGGGUGGGGGUGGGGGAGUUUGUCCAUCCUCCUUAGCCGUAAUGCAGCCAAUCAGAGGCUGGCUCACAGAGAUGAUUGACAGUGGUUGAGGUUGGUGAUGAGACAGUGAAGAAAAAAACAAAAGAGAAGCCUUUUCUUGUCGCAAUCGACCAUGAUCUAGGCCCUAAAUCAUCCAAGGUCAAUUAGCCGAUUGGGCCACGGACCGAAGCACAAGGGUUGGGUGACCUUUCGACCCCGCUCAAUCCAUUGCCGUGCCGACCCCCUCCCUUCACAAACACAAGAUGGCGUCGCAGUCAGUCGAGACCUGCCCUUUAUGGGAUGGGGGAAAAAAACAUCACUGUCAAGUGAAGAGGUGCAACUGUUAAUGGUUAAACCCUCAUGGUGCCACUGUCUGACAAGAGGUGUGUGUGUGUGUGUGUGUGUGUGUGUGUGUGUGUGUGUGUGUGUGUGUGUGUGUGGAGGGGGGUGUUUUAAGAGUGGAAGGGUGGUGACCUAAUGUAUCCAGUAGGUCAUAGGAUCCAAAUCCACAUCAUGUCACACAUGCGCGGCGGUGGAGGCAGCUGCAAUGGGUGUGAUCCCUGGAGCCAUUUUCUUUUCAUUUCACUGUGAUUACAAAAAAAAAAGGUCCUGGAGUCCUCACACUCUUCGCUCUCACAGGGUACAAUCUUUUAUCUGACACCUCAGAGUUCUCCGUGUGUGUGUGUGUGUGUGUAUUCUGGAGCCCUGACACAAAACACACAUCCUGGAACCAAGUACCUGGACAAGACUGAUCGCUGUGCACACACAAACUCCAAAAUGCUUAACUGCCUAAAAAGGAAAUGUAACAGAAUAAUAUAAUGUCUUAAUCCAAAUGCUACUCAAAGCUAGCUAUCCGUUUAUCUUGUCAAAGAAUGUUAAUGUCCUGUUUCAUAAAGAUAAAUGUUAAGUCCUGCUUAUACACUAACUGCCGGUUUGUAAUCGGGCAUCACACUGGACACCUAAAUUCACAAUGUUGCGUUACCUCACACUGAAAGUAGACUCAUAGAGCUGUCAACAGAUAUAUCCCCUCUGUGAAUAUUUGCUAGUGUUAAUGUGCAAUGCUUUUGACAAGGACUUGUUCAAAGCCUUUGCUGAACUAUAAAAAUCACUUGUCUUCCCUUCAUCCUUUUGUUUUUAGUGAACGGAUAACACUCCUUCUCCCUCUCCUCCUUUCAACGCUCCUUUCUUCUGUCAUGUUUAUUUGACCCGUUCAGACGGACGAGGUGGUGAAUGUGUUUCCUUCUCCCGUGCUUCCUCGCGCGCGUUCGUUUGGUUUAGCAUUUCACUGAGCGCAGUGAGUCCUCCAUGCCCCUCACUGAAGGUGGAUGAAGAGUAAAAACAAACCUUACCAGCUUUGGGUUUUGAAUCUUAGUGGAAAUUUGACGAUGUGCUGCGUGUUUGUGUGUGUGUGUGCGCGCGCGUGCUUGCGUGUUUGUGUGUGUGUGUGCGCGCGCGUGCUUGCGUGUGUGUGUGCGUGUGUGUGUGUGCGUGUGUGUGUGUGUGUGUGUGUGUGUGUGUAUGUGUGUAUGUGUGUUUGUGUAUGAAAAGAAUAGAUGCAAAGACCAGAUAUUUUAACAAGGUUUUGUUUGCUUUUGUCUUGCUCUGUUUGGUUGUUGCUGAUACUGUCAUAGGGGUAGACGGACCAGUUGCUGUUGGCCUAGAUGUUGGCAUGACUUAAGUGAAAGCAAGACUCUAAUGAAAGCAUGCGGUUUCAUUACAAUAGCGUCUGACAAGGUUAGUGUACGAAGCCGCAGACACAUCGCCUUCUCAACGACGGUCAUGACGGUCUACCCCAGUUUGUGACGAUGUUGCCAAACAUAGCUUAUCUGUAAAGCCAAAAAAAAAUAUUACCUCAAAAAAAACAAAAAAACAGUGGCCUUGCUUUAGGGGACAGCCAUGUUAGAAUAUCUGUGUGUGUUUGUUUAGCUAUUUGUGCACUUGAGGUUUUGCCAAAAAAAAAGUACAAUUUUGUAACACACUUUCUUUGUAUUUAUUUGUUUUCCUUAGUGAAUGAAUUCAUCAGUUUUUACAGUAUUGUUUUUGUUUUGUUUUUUGUUUUUGUUUUAAACGGGACACUGUUAAAAAUGCUCUUUGUGCUUGUUAGACUCCAAGACCAUCAUCUCAAGUGAUGAGUUCAGUUUUUGUUUCUUAUUUCCCCUGUGUAGUGCUGAAAUCAAUAGUUCAUUAUUGUGGGAGGAAAAUAUGAUAGUUCUGUCUAUCUGUCUCUGUCCAAAAUUGGGGGCAGACAGAGAAUGCACAGCUGGACUUGAGCUUAAAACUAUUUUGUUUCAGAGGCCCAGCCAAAGGGUUGGACAUUUAUUGCAGCUCUCUGCCUUAGGGAAUUGUCUCAAUCAAACCAAGUUCAGCAUUUCACCAGAUUGACAAUUGACAAAGAGGCAAACAACUUCCAACAGGCCACGUUUUUGGGCUGUGAUAAGUGUGUAUGUGGCGCAGUGUGAUUAUUGGAAUCGGAAUGAAUGGAAAAACGUUAGCCUUUUUGUAUCAUGCAUUGUAGUUGAAUGGGACUGAACUUACACCAGUGGCACCCAAUGUGAAUUGUUCACCUCCUUGGUUAUCCCUGUAUGAUGAUGUCUCUUAUCUGUCCCUGCAUACAUGUUUUGAGCAGGAGAAUAGUCCAACAGCAUCUCUUUAAAUUUUAAACAUUUUAAUCCUCAUGAUUUAUGCCCUUUCAUCAUAACCCCUGUUUGAGUCUGAAAGGCAAAGUCUUAAAAAAACAAAAAAAGUGCCCUACAUUGUAUAUAAUUAGUUAUAAUGGUUCCCUUAGACAUAAAAUGAAACUAUAACCCAUAUAAACAGUACCCUGUACAAGGUGGAGGAUCCCCAAGGUGAUUUUUGGGGGUAAGCUUCCACAAACAACUCUAUUUGGGUCAUUCCCUGUUCCUAUUAUGCAUCAGGGCCUCCUAGUGUCUUUUAAGUCGACAUGUAGUUGACAGUUCCACUGUUUGCUGCGAGACAUAUAAAUAUAAAUUGUGUGUAAAAAAUAUAUUUAAUAAAGAAAAAAAAUAUUUAGUUUAAUUGAAAAGAUAUUGUGAAUAUAAAUGCAAAUAAUAUUUCAUAAUAAAAAAAGCACUAAUAUAUUGAGAAAUGUGCAAGGGAAGAGUUGUGGAAUCUUGAGUGCAAAGAGCCUUUUGUACAAUGCAUUUAUACAUUAAAAAGAUUA